AUGAUAAGAAGCUAUCAAGGCCGCGGAUUUAGUCGUUACCAGUUUCCUGCGGCCUUCCCAGUCCCAUCAACGUCGAUUCCAUUUUUCCCUCCUGUUCAGAUGAUUCUGCGGCUUCUUUUGCCGAUUCUGGCCGUCGCUUCGGCUUCAGAUGCUCCACAAGGCUUGUAUGAAACGACUGGGUUUCAUUGUAUAUACAGGUUUGUUUUGGAUCUGAGGAGAAAAAACUUCAUUCUAUAAAACUUUUCAAGAAAAUGACUUGGAUGCCGCGAAUGAAAUUUAAAAAUUGGCUUUCAAUUUUUGUUUUUUAAACCUAUUUUGUAAGCUUGAAAAGCCGUGGUCGCGCUUGGAAUGGCUCUCUUGCGAAGCAACUUCUUUAGAGAGUACCCGACCUCAAACGGUUUGCGCCCAACGGCAUCAAAAAAAGCGAUGAAUCAGGUGGCUGAAUAUGAGGAGCACUGAGAAAAAAUAUUUGAAAAAUAUUUAAAAAAUUAAUACUUUCAUUAAAAAGUAUGAUGCAUCAGUUUGAAUAGAAAAUAAAACUUUUCCAUUUUUUUUUAAAUUUCAAAAAUGGUUUUGUAACGAUAAGGUCCUUGUUAAUCUUCUUCUUCCUGACCCCAACUCCUUUAAAAAUCCCAGAAAUUCGAUGAAGCUUCCGCGACACCUCCACGGACAGCCGCAAACAAGUGAGCCGCCAUUUGAGCUCACCAUAAGUGACUACUCUGGAAAGAAGGUGUCGUCAUAUGAACCCGGGAAAAAUUAUACAGGUUCCGAAGAAACCUGUGGAGAUAUAAAAUAAUGUUUGCAGUAAAACUAAUGGGAUUCGUCCACUUUCGCGGAUUCAUGCUGCAGCCAAGGCUGACGACUCCAGAAGGCGUUCUGAUUGGAUCUCUGAGGGGCGGGAAGUUCUUGAACGACGACGAGCAGUUUGCUGUGGCAGGUUAAAAGGGUUCUAGAUAUUUGCGGGGUUGAAAAGGUUUUUUGAAAAUUUUGGACACUUUCUACGCUUAGGCCGUUUUUUUCAAAAACAAUCUCAAUAACCAAUAUUUUUUUUUGAUCAGUAAGAAGAGUUCUUGGAAGAAAAAUAUUUUGACACUCUUUUUGCAAAUUUUGCCUUUUUCUUUCCAUUUUUUAGAUUUUUUCGUGUUAUUUUUGAGCAAAACUCGAUAGAAAACAAUUUUUUUUUCGAAUUGAUAAGGUCUUUUGAGGUCCCAAUCUUUAUUUUUCUCAGUAAUUUGGCGUGCUUCUCUCAAAAAAAUAUUUAUUAUAAGGCAUGAGCUUGAGUAGCGUGAAGGAAGCAUGACUUUAAGUUUGGGGGUGGGGAGAACCAAUUUUGAAUAAAUUUUUUUCUUAUAAAUUUUAAUUUCAUUUUUUUAUUUUUUUCAAACACUCUUGUUUUUUUGUAAACAUUUUUCCUCCUCCUACUGUCAGAAAGUCCCUUUUUUUCCCAGGAGCCUCGCUCCAAAGGUGCGACCGCAGCUCUUCCAACGACGCCCUGACGCAUUGGAGCGACGAGAAGAAGUUCUCAGUGGAAGUUUUGUGGUCAACAGAUCGCGACGUCGGCAACGUUCAGUUUAUGUAGUCGUCGUCGGAUUCUCAGAAGUUUGAGUUGGAAUUUCUCAGGGCGACGGUGGCGUCCGAGAAUGAGGUCUUCUGGGAGAGAUGGAGGCCUCGGUCGGCCUUCCUCCGAUCGCCCCAGUUGCUGAAUAUCGAACCGAAACCUUCGCUUUUCAUCUACUCUCUGCAGAAGGUGUGAAAAGGAUCUUGAAUAUUGAAAAAUGAAAAAAAAGCAUUUUAAUUGAAAUUUUAUAAGUCUAACCUUAAAAUUGAGUUGAGUGGAGUCUUGAAUAGAAGCUGCGGAACUUUAUCGUAAAAUAUAAAAAUCAAAGUUUAAAAAAAGUUUCACGACUCCGGCGACACAGAAGCUGAACAUCAAAGUCUUGAAACCUCUUCCUGACAAGGAAGGUCAUUUUACCUCGCUUUCGGGAAUGUCCAAAAGUAGGCCAAUGAAACCCUUGAUACACUGGAUGAAGUUUCAACCUGCACAACUACCUAGUUUUCAAGAAAAGGCGCCUCUAAAUCAAAGAAAACUCUCAGAAUCCGUUAAAAAAAAGCCAUUUGGGGGUUUUAAGCCCUUGUUUUUCAAAAAAUAGGUUAUUGUUUAGGCUGAGUCUUUCAGAAUCUUUUUCUGGUACACUACUAAAAACUUUGGCCAAUUUUCAAGAAUGUCUCAACCCCAGAGUAAAAUGACUUCCCUUGUGUGAUCAGCUUCAAAAUUUUCCUUGGUAGAACUUGAACCAGUUACUUUCCGAUCUAUAGAAACGAUUUUUAUUCAUUGAGCCACGAAAAGCCAAAAAAAAAAAAAUCCAGGAAGCCGUUAUCCCAUUUGUGAAAGAAGUCACGCCGGACAUGCAUCCCCUGUUUGAAGGUCCAAAGAAUAAUCAGAGACAAGAAGGCGAAGGUUUUCUUCUAAUUUUUUUAAAUAAAAAAAAAAUUUCAGAAGUUCCAACAGAGGAUGAUGUUUUUGCGGUGAGUGUGAAUCCUUUCGAAGACGACGGCAGUGGAAGCGAGGCCGACUUUUUCAAUGCCAACGUCUUCGACACGCAGAAAACCGACGUCAUCACUUCGGAUAUCACUUCGAAGCCUUUCGAAACGGCUAGUAGUUUAUGAAAAAAGACAUUUUGCGCCGCGAUUGAACCUGAUUCGAGAAUAAAAUUCGGCAAAUCGGACAAUGGACCUUGUUUUUGAAUUUCCACAUCUUUAAAUACCGUUUCUUCAACAUGAUUCGUAUAUUUUGCGACCUUUCAAGUGUCAUCACUUCAAAAAAGGCGGUGAAAAAGAUUUGCUUGAAAUUGAACAUUUUUUGACUUGAGUUGUUUUCAUGGGGAGAUGGGUCGAUUUUGAGAAAGUUUGAACGUUUCGAAGAUAGGAAAGGUCCUUUUUCCAAAACUUAACCGAAUCUUUGCGGGAUUUCUCGAGCUCAAUUCGGAGUCAGAAUGAGAAACUGCAUCUAGAGACCCGAGUCCCUAGUCUCCUUCGGAUUCCUCAGUACCAAUUCAGACCUUAAACCGCAUCGCGACCGCGUUGACUCAUUCUAUAUGCGACCAGAAGUGUUCUGGAAAAUAAAAACGGUAAAAGUUUCAGAAAGAACCACAUACGCCUCAAAUCGAAGCACAGUUGACGCCUAGCCGAGUCUUCAAAAAGUUCCAACCUCCGCGAAAUUCGAAUCUCGGCACCGACGACCUCAAAUUCCUCAACUCCCAUGCUCAAGUACAGCACGAUUUCGUCGACAACGACGUGGAUUCUUCUGAAGGUAAUAAAUGAAGUUUGAAUCUCAUGAUUCUUGAGGAAAUUAGAGCUUAACCGAAAACGAUUGAAACAUUCAAUUAAUUAAUGGAAAUUUAUUAAUUUUUCUAUUUUUUUGAAAAAAAUCGCCGUGAAGUUGGGAUGCAAAAGACUUCGAAUUUUUCUGGUUUUUUUUCGAUCUUUCUCUAAAAAUUAAAACUUAUAGAUAAGCAUAUUAAUUAAUAAAUUUUUCAAGAAAAAAAAUGUGCCGGUGAGAAUUUCUGCGCCAACGGAGGAAAGUGUGUUGUCAGGGACGGGAAACAGACCUGCGAUUGUCCAGAAGGAUACAUCGGCGACCGUUGCAAACGUGGGUUUCCCAAAAACAAAAAUUGGAAAAUGAAAAUCAACUCAACAUGGCUUGCAUCUAUCCUUUCCAAUACGGGCUUUUCCUUUAAGUCAACUGGAGUUUUAAAAUUUUUUUUCAAAAAACAGACAAACACAAAGACUAAAAAAACCAGUGGAAGAAGUUUCAAAGCUGUUUUCAAAAUAAAUAUUUUCAACUUAGCAGGUCCAAGGUAACAAAAGUUUCAAAAAAUGACGGGAAAACAGAAAAUGGGCCAUUCUAGGCGGGUAAUUUGUGUUUUGGAAAUGGAAACACAUAUUUUCAAGUUAGUUAUGAAGUUCCGACGCUUCUAACUUCAAUAUUCCGAUAAAAUAGGUUUAAAAAAUUCGGAAACUUGGAAUAGGGAAAAAGUUACAAUUUUACAUUUGCCUCUUUUUCAAUCCAGUCCUACUUUUCCGAAUUUUUUCAACUUUUGGUCUUGUGCGGUUCAUCAAAGUGUGAACAUUGUUUCUUUUCACCAAAAUCUUUUCAGAAAGAGACACCUGUCUUCACAACUUGUGCGCUAAUAACGCGACUUGCGUGAGCGGCACUCGGACGGCUUUCGGCUACAGCUGCGUCUGUCAGAACGGCACCGUUGGGACUUUCUGCCAGUGUUUGAAGAAUUUUAAAUUGAUAAAAUAUCAAAAAGGUUUAGUCGAAUGUCCACCGGACCAGUGCGCAAACGGAGGCACUUGCAUAAUGAAGUCCAAUGGGGAGAUCGGCUGCAAAUGUCAGUCCGGAACGACCGGCCUCAAGUGCGAGAGAGGUGAGGAAAAGUGUUACCAAAAUAAUCACGUAGAAAAAAAACAUCAAAAAGUUCAUGAUCUUGUUAAAGCGUCAUUCUUUGACUUUUCAUGGAAAAAGCCAUUUUUCAAAAAGUGGAAAGCUGAUGGAAAGGUGAAUUUAAUUUGAUCUAUGUUAAUUUCUACGUUAGAAGAAGCCCUAGAACCUUUGAAGGAACUAAAAGAAGCUUUCUUUUCCGUUUCAAGGACUUCAAAAGGCCAUUCACUCAUAAGGUGACGAGAUCAAUAAAAGAUGAGCGUAAUUCAAUAAAAAAAUUUGACUGAAAUGGUAAAAUCAUGGAUUUUUUUUUGCAUUUUUCUUUAGAGCAGAAAAAGACAAGAAAGCGUUCUACGUAUAAAGUCCUUUAAAGGAGAAAUUUCUUCAGAAAUCAACGAAUGUGGCUGGAAAAAGUGUCUGAAUGGAGCCAGUUGUAUCGAUCUGUUCAACGACUACAAAUGCGUCUGCUCAGUCGGAUGGAUGGGUCGUCAUUGCGAACGUGAUUUUGCAUUUUUUUUUUCCAUUAGAAGGUAUAGCCCGUGUACCACGACUUGGAAUUUCACCCAACGACAUUCCGCUGUUCCGCUGCGUGCCUUUGCGCGCUUUUAAUUUUUCAUUUUAAUUAAGAACUCGACCAACACGUGCUCCUAGGGGAACAGUCCAUCUAUCAGAAAUGAGAACCAAUUCAAAGCGAGACCGAGGCUCGCAAAGACGCUUCGCGACUCAGCGGAACAGCGGAAUGUCGUUCGGUGAAAUUCCAAGUCUUGGCACACAGACUAUAUCACUGAUAAUCAGAGGACUGGCUCUAGUGACAUAUCCGCCCUUGUGUUUGACGGCUAGGGAUUUUUGAAAGUCCUGGUUUUCCCACUUACAACGUUUCUUGAACCCCUUGCUUGGGUGGCGGUAGAGAUCAAACUAGUGAACCUGUGGACUAUAGGCAGACACAUAACCAGUUGCGCUACGGCGCGCCGCUUUAAGCAUCAUAGUAUUUCAUAAGGUGUGAUGGUCGCCAACUAUUAUUGAAAAAAAAACGGAGUUUUCAAAAGUUCAGACAAUUUUAGGACCGUGCCGUGACGCCUUCGGAACUUGUCGAAUCUGGAAACGAGACGGCGAAUGCGAGACUGCUCGGGAGCAGACAGCCUUCUUUGAACUCAACUGCGCCGCUUCCUGCGGAAUUUGUACCCCUUCUAAUGAAACAGGUAGGAAAGGUAGAGGAAUAUUAAAUAACUACUUUUUCACAAAAUUUUUGAAUAAGGCCAUUUUUCAUCAAAGAAAAUUUUAUAGAACACUGUUUUUUCUUGAAGAAGUACAAUUACGUAAUAUUACAAUGGUUUUUAAAAAAAUGAUUUUUGGUGAUUCCGUAAAAUUAGACCUGAGCUUUAAGGAUUUUUGUGUAACUAUCUUCAGUCCAAAUUUUCCAGAAGUCGCAUAUCUUCCACUUCAACCGAUCCUCAUGCCUUUCUCCUGGAUCCUCGGCGAGUGGAAAACUCAUGUCAAAGGUCUGAAAAGUUGAAAAAUUAUCUUCAAAAAGGAUUGAAAGAUAACAGAAAAAAAGGUUUAACGGGCCCUUCAUCGAAUUAAAAAAAUUCAAAAGUCUUAUCAGAUUCCAAAAUUCAUAACAAGUUAUAAAGAUAAUAUUAGCAAGCCUCAAGGAAAGAGAAAAAAAAAAUUUUUUUUUCAUAAAAACCCAAAAAAGGAUCAUUGUCGACUUCGAACGGGCGACCUCAAAACCGUAAGCAAGCGCCCUCACAGCAGCAAUUUAAUUUGUGAUUUUUCAGAACUUGUUCGAUUUUAUCAAUAUUGCAGGAUUCAACAACAAGUCGACGGAUUACCCGUUGGACAUGGUCGGCAUGGGGUACAACGAAACCCUCACCUUCUCUGUUGCCAAGUCUCUCAUGUUCGGCACGCCUCAUAUCAACUACUCGUCAGUUUUUCUUUUAAAAACUGAAUUUGAAAAGGUUUAGGAGCUCAUAAUCGAUAUUUUUCCGCAAAUAUAUUGAUUUUUCAACAAAUGACUUUUCCCUGAGUACCCCAUAGCAAAAGAGAGCCUUUAAAAAAAGGCGAAAAUGAAGGGAUAUUUUUAGGGAAUAUUCAAAAAAUUUUUGUCACUAGAUAUUUUCUUGGCGCUCAAAGCGAACAAACUUUUAAAAAUUGUUCAUCAGUAGUUUUUCUUGAAAUUUCUUUGUAAAAGAGGGUCCCGGACUGAUUCCAGUGCUUCAGAAUCAAUUUGGAGUUUUUUUUCCAUUCAAAUUCAAAAGGGGUCAAAAAAUGCUUCAUAAAAAUGUCCUUUUCAAGGCGACAAAGGUUCCUUUUUGCUGCCUUUUCGGGCUAUUUCAUUGGCUCUUAUGCACCAUUUUUGCUUCUUUUCCCUUUUUUCACCUUUUCUUGACCCUUCAAAUUUCUAGAAAAAAAAGGGAAUGUUCGAUUAAGUGACUCUUUUUGCUGCCUUUCUGCGGCCUUUUUUGAGCCUCACCCAUUUAGCGGUCAUUAUCCACCAUUCCUACUUUUAUUAUCUCAAAAGCUUGAAUGGAACAGAUAAAUAAUGUAUUUUUUUAGAAGCGUGGUGACCAGCGAAGAAGACCCGAAUAACGUCCAUCAGUACAAUGGUUUCUUAACUAUCCAACAGUACAAACCGGAAGGUCAGGUACACGAUCGGGCUGCUCUGAUGACUGUUAGUAACACAGGUAAGAUAAUUGGGAAGACAAGUUGAAAAAAAUGAUAAUUUCAGGCUUGAUUCUGGUCGAAGAAGGAGACCUGGUGGAGACGUCCCCAGAUGACGUCACUUUGACUUUGAAUCCGCAGUAUUUGUUCCAGAAGGAGAAUUCUGGAGCGCCGGUGGCCAAGAAGGUUUAGAAAAUUGCUAAAAACUAACUUCAAGGGAGAUUUUUCUAGCCUCUCUUUUUUUCCACCAUUUCUAGCCUUUUUUUUUGCUUCUCCCUAAUUUAAACCCUUUUUUGGGCCUUUGAAACUUCAGCCAAGGAGAAAGGCUCCAAAAAAGCAGCAUAAAUGGUCCUUUUUGCACCCUUUUCUACCCUUUCGGACUUGUAGUAAGCUUUUUGAAGAACUCUUACUCAGAAAAAGUUGAAUUUUUCAGUUGCGACGUUGGUUCGCCCGGAAAGGGAUCCGAUUGAUGCAGUACAUUGUUCGAGAAGUAAAGGGACGAACUCACAAAUUCACGAAAAUUUACAGGAAAACCAAAGAAUUUGAAUACCUCUAAUUUAUUUCGAAAGCCUUAUACUUUAUUCACUUGACUAUCAUUUUUGGCCGCAUUGAGAAUGGCUCAAAGGUUUGUAAUCGAAAUUGCUCCAGGGCUUUGAGAUGGCCUUCCGCGUAAGCCGUUUCAAGUCGGGCGAACUUUGAAUCAACCUCUUUUCAAUAGUUGUAAAACGAGCCAUUCCCAAUGCGACCUUCAAGUAAAAUAGAGUAUAAUAGUGCAAUUUUUCGCUACAUCCACGUGUCUUUCCUUUAAAUUUUUAGAAGCGAAAUAAUAAUAAAAUAGUAGCUUUUUAUGGAAACAGCUAAUAAAUUGUUGGACCCAUACCUCACCAAAAUAAUAUUUAUGCGAUCGGAUCAACUCUAAACUAUUUGGAAGGGCGAAAAUGCGGCAAAACGUCAAGUUCGACCUUCGCUGGCCGAAACCUCAAAGAGCCGCCAGAUGAGAUCUGUAAAACGCGGCCGAAAAAGAGGAAACCUCCAUCCUACUGUGGUUCUAUCUCCGAGCAAAAUCUUUCUUUUUUUCCUAUUUUCUAGAGGUUCAUUUUUAGGCACACGGUUGUCUAGGACAGUCUUUUUUUGCUAAUAAGAUUGCGAAAUAAGGACGUUGGAAUGGGAAUAAAGGUUCUUUAAUGGUCUUGGAGCGACUUGGUUCAUUUUGCAGCUUGCUAAAAAUUUUCUGAGUGAUGAAAUGACAAAUUUCGCUCUGCUGUUUCAUACUUCAUACUUUUAAAAAGUGAGACUCAAUCGGAGAUUGCUUUGUAAGGAGUAACAAGUGGAAAGAUUGAAAAGAAAAGAGUUCAACUCGAUUUGGAAUACACAAACCGUCUUUUGAUAGUUGGAAUGAUAAAAGUUCAUCCUAAUGACUCAAGAGAACUUUUUUCAGCUGUCGAUUUCAAUUUUGAUUAAACUCUGAAGCACUUCAAGACCUCCCAAUACCCAAAAAAGAGCAAAAUUUUUCGAAUUUUGUCUUGUAGACGAGUAAAAAAGCUUCAAAGUUUUCAAUUACAUAUAAAAAAGGUGUCAGUGAAAGCUUACGAAUCGUAUUGACCAUAAGAUAAAAAGUCGUCAUUUUAUACAUAAAUACAUCAAAAAGUACAUUAGGAAGAAUAAAAAUGCUUCACAUGUGAUCUUUUGAAACUGAGAACUUAUUUUUAUCUUGGAAAAAAAAAACCGUUUUUCUCGGAUUCGAUACCAAGUAAAAUCAAAAUGCCACAUGUAUUUUUUUUUCUUUUGGAAGCCUUGAAGAAGAAAAGUUUCUUGAAAGAAUUUCUAACAGUAAAUACAGAAAAAUAUGUUUUUUUCUCAGAGUCAUACAUAUUUUUCAUGGCUCUCCGAACUUUAUAGUCUAUUCAGCUUUUUUCAGAUAACAGUUCCAUCAUUCCGAGGAUAUCUAGCCACGUAGGUAAGGCUAUAAAAAUUAUGAACCUCGUUUUUUUCAAGGCGACUGGUCCGCUCUGUUUUGCGAUCUUCCAAACACUCUGAAUGAUUUUUUCGAAGAGGUAUAUAUAAAUAAAAAAACUCGAAUAUACAUUCUUUUUAAAGAUAUUGCUCUCCAACUAUAGCUUACUAGGGAUUAUUUCUUUCCGCCCUACAUUGAAAUUUGGAUGGACUUUGCUAACUUUAGGACUUCCUCGGAGCUCCCGAAAAACACAUCGAAUCUUGUGCUCCUAUCAAAAUUUCCGGUGGUAUGAAAAAAAGAUCGGCGAAAAUUCAAACGGCGACUUUUCCAAUUUUUUCAUAUCGCUAGGGAACUUUCCGACGGCCACCUUUCCGACGAAUCCCUUUCCGACUUUUUUUCUCGAUGAACUUUUCGUUUUGAAUCUUCCUAUAUGAAGUAGGUUGUUUAUUCAUGAUUAAAACACAAAGAAGUAAGGAAAAAAAAAGUUAAAAGAUGUUUUAUAAACCGAAAAAUAUAAUGGAAAAAUGUCGGAAAAAAGAUUCGAAAGGUGGCCGUCGGAAAGUUCCCUAGCGAUACCAAAAAAUCGGAAAAGUCGCCGUUUGAAUUUUCGCUGGUCUUUUUUUCAUACCACCAACUUUUCAAAGUCCCCAGAACCGAAAACCGUCCUUCUGAAAACUUUUUAUCGGAACGGUUCGUGCCAGGACCAAUUAGCGGUUGGCGUGCGGCUUUCUGACCAACCGUUAGGCUUAUCUCCAAUCGGAUCGACACAACCUCGCUUCCUGCCAACUUUCCGUCGUCACGCGAAAUUCGCCACGACUUUUUUUUUAGGAUCACGCGGUUUUACAAGGCUGAAAAUGAGUGGUCUUCUGGGAAAAAAAAAUGAAUCGUCACGGGAUUUGGAUUUGAUUCGAAGUUCACGUAUAACUGCACAUCUUUAACCUACAGUAACCUUUAAAUUUUGUUUCGGGUAAUGAAAAUUGAGAUACUUCUAGGACAGGUAAGUUCUGGACCGUUCCAAGGUCCUAACAAACUCAACAAUCUUGGGGAGUGGUCCCUAGAGGGAAAAAAUCCUUCCUUGGAGACCAAAAGAUGCUCUCUAGAGGGCUACAAUUCAGGUGGCCCCUCUAGGGCUUCAGGAUCGGAUCAGUAAUCUCCUGAAGCUUUAGUGGCCCCUAUAGUGAUUUUUGAAUCUUUUGCUCUGAUUUGAAAGAUAAAAGUAGUUAUUAGAAGGACGUGAAGGGACCACAUGUAUAUUUCUCUUGAGUAGUCCCUUAACGAAGCCCCUAGAGUGGCCAAUUUAGCAAUCUUUAUGCGCCUAUAGGAAGAGAUAAAGUGGCCCCUAGAGGGGAUAAGGUAGCCACUCUAGAGUCCACUCUAAAAAGAGUUAUCAAAGACGAGCCUCAUCCUCAUAAAGAUCCGUUUUCAACUUGAAUUGAGAAGUGAAAUUUUUCACAAUGCAAAAAAGGUUCUCCACGACCCAUUGACUGGAUAAGGAACGACGAAUUCACGCAUAAAUGCACAUUAUUUGCCUACAGUAACCAAUUUCGUGUCAAUCAUUUGGAAUUGAGCCAUUUGCGCCUCGGCGAAAGAACCAUUCAAUUUCCAUCAAUUUGUUCUUUUUUCGUUGUAGGAAGAGAACGACGCGUUGUUCGGUUUUGAAACAUUCUGGAACACGAAAUAAUGCGCAAAUCGUUAUCAGAAAAUGAUAACCAGAAACAAUUUGCCGUUGGCGUCGACAAUUUUGCCAUUGUUCUCUGUUCCUGAUAACUUAUGUUCUGAUUAGGUUCGAGGUUUUGAAAUGGGUAGGGUUUGAAAGUCCUUUUUUCUGAAAAGAAGAACGUGAGGGGGGGUUGAAAUAACGUGAAAAAUUUUACGUUUUUUGGGGUUUUAUAAUUUUUUUUUUGUUAUUUGUUUUCAGGGAGUCCAUUUUUUUUUUUUUGAAAAAAAUAUCACUAGUCAGAGUAAGCCUAGCAUUAUGCCAUUUUUAAAAAUCAUCUUUUUCAAACAAAAAAAAAAUCUCUUCAUCUAUUUCUCAAUUGCUACUGAUGACCUUAAACCGCUAUAAUAAGUUUAUAAAAUUUCAUAGUCUGUUUGCCACGACUUGGAAUUUCCUUGAACGACAUUCCGCUAUUCCGCUGCGUGCAGUCGCGAAGCGUCUUUGCCUUCGAGAAUCUCGGUCGCGGUAUCAAUUUUUUAUCUUUUAUGUUGAAUAGACUGUUUUAAUGGGAACACGUGAAAGUCGAGAACGGAAAGAAGAAAAAAGUUCAAAGCGCAACCGAGGUUCGCAAAGACAAAUACGCCUUGCGAUUGCACGCAGCGGAACAGCGGAAUGUCGUUCAUUGAAAUUCCAGGUCGUGGCACAUAGACUAUAAUUAUCUCUAGUUUUUUAUUUCAUUACUCAAAUACGUAUCCAAAACUUUUUCUAGAAAGUCCAUGGAUUUUUGGCCAAACCAGGUGCUUCUAAAUUUCUAACUUUUUGACUCAAAUUACCUUUAAACCAAGUAUUCACUUUCCUCCCCACAAUUUCAAUUUCAAGUUCGAUCAGCAAGUGGAGUUUUUCUCUCCAGUCGGAGGGGCUCGCCUUGAUAUAUUCAUGUAGCGGCGAUAAAUAAGGGACUCCGAGGGGCCGCUAUCGGGCAUCUCGAGGCCAAAAGAUGGCUAUCUGCCAGCCGCCGUUGGCUCGCCGCCAAUCUGCCGCCGUCAUCAACUUCGGGGGCAGCACUUUCGGCGGCUCCCGACCCGUUCAAUCAAACCUUUCUGACACUUCUUUCCGACUGUCGCUAACUGUCUUGUCGGCCGAAAUUUGA